UAUGAAUCAAAGGAAACCAUAAUCAAGACAAGAAGCAAGGGCGAAAGUGGAUUCUGGGUUAAACAAACCUCGUAAAUAGGAUUAGAUAUAAAAAAGACCAGAAUCAGCUGUUCAAUCAUAAUCGGUAUUAUCAAAGUAACAGUUAGGGAGAAAAGUAUUAAGAAAGCGAAUAAAAUUUUAUAUACUAAACCAACAUGAGUGAUAAAAUGAGCACCAUAGUUUAAGAUUACUUGCUAAAAUAGAACUACUUAAAGACUUUGGAGCAGUUUGAAAAUGAAUCCUAAUACAAUCAUUAGAGAGUUGGUAAUUAAUAAGAAUAUUAAAUGCUUUAAUAUUUCGAUAAGGGAGACAGAGAUAGUUUCUUGAGAUUAUGGAAUUAGCAUCUACCUUAAAACAACAAAUAAGAUUAUGACUUGUGGAAAUUAGAGUUUUAUAUUUAAAUCUACUUCCUAAUUUAUCCAAUUCAUCCGUACUUAUCAAAGAAAGGGUAAAUAGACAAAUAGUCAAUCAAUGCAUUCAAACAAUAUCUAGAUUCAAAAGGUAUUAAUUAAUUCCUACAUAUUAUAGGUGAAGACUUAUCAAAAACAAAUGAAGUGCUUCCCUUUUAUGCAUUGCCAUAUGUGCAAUAGCCUUAAAAACAUUAAACAUUUCAACAUUUAUUCACAACUUAAUGGGUUGAGGACUUAAAAGACCGUUUAAAAGAUUUCACAUCUUAAAUAUUUUAAAAUGAAUAAAUCACUCAUCUAUAGAAAUUAGUCUAACAUUACGAAAAUUAAUAUUAGCAAAAUUAAUAUUAACAAAUUUAACAUAACAAUUAUUAGUAAUAGGAUCAAUAAAAAGAGAUUAAGAGAUUAAAUGAUUAAAUUUAAAAAUUGCAAAGUGACAAUACUGAAAUCAAAUAGAAGUUAAAUCAAUAAGUUUAAGCAUAUUAAGAAUUAAAUAAUCAUGCUGAGAAAAAUUUCACUGAAGCAUAAUAAAAAUGGUUUUCUCUUUGUAAAGAAUUAAUGGUAGUAUCAAAAGAUUUAUAAAAAUAUGUUGAUACCAAUUAAUCUAUUCAAAACCAAUAGAAGAUUUAAAAUUUAAAAAAGAAGCUUCUCCAGUAUGAAAAAUUCCUCAAUCAAGAUUUUGAAGAUUUGGUGAAUAAAUCAUAAGAUAUUUCUCUAUUUGAAAAGGCCAGCAUGGCUGAAUAAGAAAUAUCAAAUAUAGCUCAUAAUUAAUGUAAUAUCAUUAAUCUAAAAUAGAAUUACCAACACCUAUCAAAUCCAAUUAAAUGGAAGAAUAUGUACCUUUGAAUUAUCCUAAAAUAAUUUAGUUAUUUACAAAAUCUAACAAUUAUUAACAUGUGGCAAACGUGUUGUAGGCUUUGAGAUGGAGAAUAACAAGAGCAAAAAAUGCUCUAUAAAGAAGAUAAGUGGUUGUGGCUUAUGCAACUCAUGAUAUCAUAGGAACACACUCUAAAAAUAUAUUGUUAGCUUAAUAUUUAAUUUUAAAAUCUCACCCCUUAGUUUAAUGUUAAACCUUAAAACUAUUAAAUGCCUUAGCAUCGGAUUAUCAUGGACGAUCAUAUUUAACUUUGAAUCCAACACUUAUUAAGUUUUUAGUCGAUCUAAUUAAAAAAGAAUAAUCUGAUAGUCUAAUUAGAAAGAAUGCUAUUGGUGCCCUUUAAAAAAUGUCAUUGAGAAAACAAAGUUAAACCUUCAUGCUUGAAAACAACAUCAUUUAUUAUACAUUGAUAAUUCUUAAAAAUGUAACAAUUUCACAUUAUUUUAGGAACGAAAUAACCUCAGUGAAUAUACUUAUGAAUACAUUACUGCGUUGAUUAUGAAUCUAUCUUUAAGUUCUAGAGGAAAAGACGAGCUAACUAAACAUAAAGAACUAGCUUUUGAAGUUCUAUACGAACUUAUUGAUUAUCCGAAUGAUUAAAUUAAAACCUUUACUAAUGGAACAUUUUACUCAUUGUUCAGCAGAAAGAUUAUCAGAGAUUAUGCAUACAGCCUACAAAUUCCAGAAGAAUUACCAAGACUUUUGGAAAAUUCGGAUGAAAAAUUCAAGAAACAAAUUCAAUAUAUGAUUGCCUAGUUAAGCGCUGAUGAGGAUGAUUAUGACUAAUCGUAAAUGGAAGAGGAAAACGAUGUUGAUGAUCUAGAAGAUGAAGAAGAGGAGUGUAUAGGAGAUGAUGAUGAAGAAGAUGAUCUCAAUAAUUAAGAUAAUAUAGUUGGAGAAGAAUUGUUAUAAAAAGACUUUGAAUUAGUUGGAGACGAGGCAGAAAAUCAAAAAUUAGUCAUGGAUUCUAUUAUUUUAAAAGAAGUUCAGCAGAGACAAGAAUAGAUUAGAGAGUCUUAAUUAGAAAGAAUGCCAGUUGGAUGUAAACUAUAAAUAUUUAUUAUUAGAAAUCCCAUUCUAUAAUGACACAAACGAUAAAAAAUAUAAUCAAAAAGCUCAAUAACAUCACAAUCAAUAAAAGCAAUCAAUUUAAGGACAAGGACAAUAAAACAUUAAUUAUAAUGAUAUACAAGAAUUUGUUUCAAAGCCUAAAAUUCCUAGAACCCCUCCUGGAGGAUAGAAAAAAUGA